AUGGUAAUUUUGAUCAUACCACCCAAGAUGAAGACCACAGAGCUAGAACAGCUGAUCAUGGUGCUCAAGAGAAAACCCGAUAUUGGAGGAGGACUAGAGCUUCGUCAACGGCAUGUUUAUAUUGAGGGUGGUUGCGCUUUAUGUAACAAUGCGGAUGAGUCUGUUGAGCAUGUAUGUUCAGAGUCUCUUUCUGAAGAUCUUUUUUCUCUUCUAUUAUGGGGGAUUUGGUCUAUUUGGAAAGAAAGGAAUAAGAGGGUUUGGCAAGAUAAAUGGUCUUCUCCUGAGCAAGUGAGGCAUGGCAUUUAUUCCCAACAGGUACUUUUCAAAUCAGUUGGAUUAAGUCAGAGACGGGUUGGGAGCAGGGUGACUAAACCUUGGUCUCCUCCUCCAGUCGGUUGGUUGAAAGCUAAUAUGGAUGGUGCUUUUGAUAAGAAUUCAUGUUCUGGCGGCAUUGGGGUGAUAGUGAGGGACUCUGAUGGGUUGAUUGUGGGUGGUUGUUGCUGCAAAGUUGGUAGGGUUUUGUCUCCGGCUUUGGUGGAAGCUCUAGCUGCUAGAAGGGCUUGUCAACUUGCUGUGAGUAAUAGCCUUGCUCCUAUUAUCUUUGAGUCUGAUUGUCAAAAAUUGGUGAGGGAUAUUAUGUUUGAGGAGGAGGAUGCUUCAGGAUAUGGAGGUAUUGUGGAGGAUGUCAUCUUUCUUCAUGCUUCUUUACCUGGGUCAUAUUUUACUCAUGUGUAUAGAGAGUCUAAUUUUGCUGCUCAUAUGUUGGCUAAAUUGGCUCUUAGUUCUAGUUUUGAUGUUUCUUGGAGUGGUCAUAUUCCCUCUAGUCUUAGCAACUAUGUUGCUACCCAUUGUAUGAAUUAA